AAAGUUUGGAAGUCAAUAUUACUAUUUUUAACACUAUUUAAAUUAAUAUCAUCGACAUUAAUUGAAACAAAUGAAAUGGAAUAUUUUUCAAAAAAUCUUAAAGCUGAUAAUUUAUUUGAAAUUUUUAUAAGUGAAAAAAAUGAUAGUUAUUCAAAAUGUUGGAAUGAUAUUUCAUUUGUAAUUGAUGAAAUUAAUAAUUCAAGUAAUAUUCUCAAUUCUCUUUGGGCAUUAAAAAUGUUGGAUUCGAGUACAAAAAUUCCAUGGGGAAUAUUUAAGGGAAAUCUCGUCGAUUUGGGAAUGUACGAUGAAUGUGUUUCAGUGUUAAAUAUAAAAAAUGAAAGAAAAAUUCAAGGUCGUCAUUGUUUAUAUUCAUUUAAGUUAGAAAAAAUUCCAUUGCCAAUGACAUUUUCAAUUUGUGUUCCCUCAUCAUGUGAUGGAAAGGAUAUAAAAUUUAUUUUUGACAAAAUUAAUGAAAAAAUUAAUAAGACUGAUGAUAUGAAAAAUUGGACAAUUCACAAUUUUUCUGCAACAUGCUCAAAUGUUGAUAAUAGAGAAAUAACAAUUGGAACUAUUGUCACAAUAGCAAUAUUGACAAUAAUUAUUCUCUUUUUGUCCAUAUGCACAGCAAUUGAUUAUACUCAGAAAAAAAUGAAUUCAUCUACAAAAUACGGUGAUUUAUUAUCAAAAUUUUCCAUAUUUAAAAGUACAGCGAGAAUAUUUCAUUUAAAGUACAAUUCAUCGUCAAUGCCUGUUAUUCAUGGUAUUCGUACAUUAAGUAUAUUUUGGAUUGUUUUUGGUCAUUCAUUUACAGCACGAUUAUUUUUACCAUUUGUUAAUUCAUUUGAUAAAUAUAAAUGGAUAAAUAAUUCAAAUAGUUUAUAUGCUUUCCUCGCACCUUUUGCUGUUGAUACAUUUUUCGUUUUAAGUGGAUUUUUAAUGACAUAUAUUGUUCUCAAAGAAUUAUCACAUGGCAAAAAUUUUAAUAUUUUUAUUUACUAUUUGCAUCGUUAUAUCAGACUAACACCGGCUGUAGUAAUGUUAUUAUUAAUAUCGAUGUUCAUACUACCACAUUUGGGAUCAGGGCCACUGUGGGAGAGAGCACUGGAAAAAAAAUUGACACAAACGUGCAAUGAAAAAUGGUGGACUCUUUUAAUUUACAUGCAAAAUUAUAUACGAACCGAUAUUGAGUGUUUAGGGCAUACUUGGUAUUUGGCUGCAGAUAUGCAUUUUUAUUGGCUCUCGCCAUUAAUUUUACUACCUUUAGCAAAAAAACCAAAAUUUGGUCUCACUAUUUUGGCUUUACUUCUUCUUAUUUCACUAAUUACUGUUGGUAUUUUAAUAUCAGUGAAUGGCUAUAUUUCCACUUUAUAUUCCAAUGGUGUAAAAGUGGAAGAUGUGGCAAAUUCUUUUCGAUUUUUCUACACAGUCUCACACACGAGAGCAAGUUCGUGGCUUGUUGGGAUAUUUUUAGGUUAUGUUGUACACUUGAGACCAAAUUUUCUCAACAAGAACAUAGCUUACAUUGGAUGGUUAGGCACUAUUGGAUGUUUCACAUUUUGCAUAAUUGGUCAAAGAAUCGUAUUAGAGGAGACUUAUAAAUAUAGUUCAACAUUUGAGACCUCCUUUGGAAUGUUUUCACGACCAAUUUGGGCAAUUGGAAUCUCUUGGAUUAUUUUUACUUCGAUUUUUGGCUAUGGAGGUUAUGUGACAAAAUUUCUAUCAAUUCCAUUAUUUGCCCCGCUAAGUAAACUUUCAUUCUGUAUUUACAUUGUGCAUGCCACUUUUCAACUCGCAAAGGUGAACACUGUAAAAACUGCUGACUAUUUUUCCGAGUUUUCAAUGUUUCUCUACUUUCUCAGUGAAUUAUCAACGACAAUAGUGUUGGCAUUUUUCUUCUCAAUUUUCUUCGAGUCGCCGAUAAUGGUUUUGGAAAAAAUGUUGUUCAAGAGGAAGAGAAAUAAUUUACAAACACAAAAUUUACAGAAAACAUUUAAUGAAGCCAAAAAACCGUAGAAUUAGAGAAAAAUUUAUAAACAAAAAAAAGUAAAGAAAAAAAUUAAUGAAAAAAAGUUUUCAUAAAUAAAAAAUGAAUUUAAAUAAAUAGAAGCAUGGAAAUGAGUAAAGCUACGUUCAUAUUGAUCCGUAUUGCAACAUUGUAUAUAAAUACAUUUAAAGAGACCAUUGUGGACGUUGCCUAAAAUUUAUUUUUUUCACACAAUAUAUAAAGCCAUGUCCACAAUGGUCUAGAUGUUCGAAUAUUGUACAUAAAAACAUUUAAAGAGCCUAUUGUGUACUGAGUC